CGUACGUACUCCCCCCGAUCCCCACCUCUCCGGCCUUUUAAGCCUCCGCCCUCCCCCCGCCUCUCUCAUCACCACCUCUGCGCUCCAACGUUUGCAUCGCCAUUCCUGGUUUCGCUGGCUGCGUUUCAUAACCCCAUCCGGCGCACUUUGGGAACAGGGAGGAGAUGAGGAUGGAAGGGAAGAAGAGGGUGAGAGCCGAGGAGUCGGAUGACGGGAAGAAGCCGCAGGAGUUGGACUUAAGUGGCAUGUCUCUGGACUCGUUGCCCAAUCCUUCCAUUAAUCUCGGCGCCAUCGCCAAGCUCGAUCUCUCGAAUAAUAACCUUCAGUGCAUUCCGGAAUCGCUCACGGCCAGGCUACUCAACUUGGUGGUGUUGGACGUGCACUCCAACCAGCUGAGGGCGCUGCCCAACUCCAUUGGCUGCCUCUCCAAGAUGAAGGCCUUGAACGUCUCCGGCAACCUCAUCGAGUCGCUUCCGAAGACCAUCGAGGAUUGCCGGGCUUUGCAGGAGCUGAUUGCCAACUUCAACCAGCUUACCAAGCUCCCGGAGACCUUGGGUUUUGAGCUCACCGACCUCAGAAAGCUCGCUGUCAACUCCAACAAGCUCGCCUUCCUCCCUUACUCCACCUCCCACAUGACCUCCCUCCGCGUCCUCGACGCCCGACUCAACUGCCUGCGCUCCCUCCCCGACGGCCUCGAGAACCUCAUCCGGCUCGAAGUCCUCAACGUGGGCCAGAACUUCCACUACCUCCAGUCCCUUCCCUACGCCAUCGGCCUCCUCGUCUCCCUGGUGGAGCUCGACAUCAGCUACAACAGCAUCGGUGCCCUCCCCAGCUCCAUGGGGUGCAUGGCGAAGCUUCGCAAGUUCCAGGCAGAGGGCAACCCCCUGGUGUGCCCGCCGAUGGACGUGGUGGAGCAAGGCGUCGAGUCCGUGCGCGGGUACCUCAGCGCGAGGAUGAACGGGAGCGACACGGCGGGCGCCUCGCCCGCUAAGAAGAACUCGUGGAUCAAGAAGCUGGUCAAGUGCGGGACGUUCAGCGGCGGCAUGAUCUCCAGCAACAUCAGCGUUGGCGAUGAGAACGACGGGUUCUUGUUGUCGGAUUACCGCUCGAUAGAUGGGCUCGCCUCGCCGCGGUACGUCGGCAUCUUCUCACCUCGACGACUCUUCUCUCCCCGAAGGGCUUCGCCCAGGAAGUAGCAUGGUGUCGUUGGUCUGCUUGUCGAGGUGCGGUUUUGGGUUUUUCUUGGUUAGAUGAACAGAUGGAUCAGGCAUGUAAUUAUCCUAAGCCAGGAACGAGUGUUCGUUCUAUCACUGUAAUCGUUAUCUACGAGUACAUUUCUAAGAUCUCCAUGCUUAUGCUUCUCA